AUGAUCACCGAAUAUGGGAUUUCUCUCAGAUACAUAUCGGAAAUAAACCUCAGAAUUGAAGAAAAGUCCUUGCUUGUCACUGUUUUUCCGAGAGACUAUCGACGGAAAUCAAUCGAUCGCCAGCUUUUUACGAUUCCAUUCGACACUGAUAACUGGAAAUUGUGCGAAAAACUGAAUCGAAUAAAAGCUUGCCGAUGUUUAUCGUUGGAACUUGAAUGUGUACAGGAAGAUGAGGAACAAAGAGAGCAGAUCACCCAUUUCCUCACCUCUCACAAGAUUCUCAAAUCUCUUCAUCAAGUUCAUCGCUUUUAUCUAAACGGAGAUCCCGAGCUGAUCGAAUCAUUUCUGCCAAACUUCUCUCUGAAAUAUCUUGCCGAAGUUCAUGUCACAACUCCUUUUGACUGUAUGGAAGCUAACGAUUUUCUUGGCUACUGGAAAGAGAUUUUGAAAAACGAGGCCCUUAUGAAUUGCCAAUUUUUGGAAAUCAUGAUGCUAGAGCAAAAUCCGCUUCUUGUCAAAGAUUUCCCGACUACCUCAAAGCAUCUAGAGCUGAACUUUUAUUUUUAUGAUUGGUACAUACGAGCUCUUAAGCUCGCUUUGGAAAACAAUCUUUGUGUGAAGAAAUCGACAACUUUAGAAUUAAAAGAUUAUUUUGAUGAAGAAGACUGUGGAGGCUUCGAUCUGGUCUAUGGGGAGUUGAUGAAGAUUUUGAAAUCAACCCCAGGCAUUGAGGAUUUCGAGAAAAAUCGAUUGCGAGCAAAAGAGCUAUUCGAAUUGGAGCAAUGUUGCAGUCGAACCUUGAUGUGGAUGUAUGUGAUCAUCAGACACUCGCCAAAGGAAAUGAAGGAUUUCAAGAGAGUGUUGCUCAUUUUAGUCAUGGCCGGAACGUUCUUCUUCGGAAUGUCGAUUUUCAUCUCGAUCAACGAUUGCCUGCAUGCGAGAAGUUUCCUAAUACAUGGAAAGCAUCGUCUUCUGCAUUUCCUUGUCAAACCAUAUAUUGGAAUCCCUAUGACACUCGGUUUCAAGUGUUUCCUGGGAAUACCGUUACUCUAUCCAAUGUUUCGCGCUUUCGAGGAUACAAAUGUAACUUUU